AUGAUCUACAACGUCCUGCCAGCGGUCGUCCAAAACCGCAUUCCCACACUCCCUUCCAUUCGACAAUCUCUCAGCGACAUUCGUAUACGGACGCUACAUGCCAAGCAUAUUGACGCUGCCACCGACAUAUCCCCUCCGGCGACCCCUCCUCCAGGAUACACCUCACGGCCCGGCAGCGCUCGAUCGCACUGUAGCUCGGUCGUUUCCACCGAUGGGGAGUCAACUCUUCAUGACGACGUCUCGGAGCGUCCAGAGUCGUUAAUGAGCACCCCUCCGCCGUUUAGCGUCUUCGAGUCGAAGACAGGCAUCAAUUGGAAGUAUGCGAAUCAGGGAAUCAGUCUCACAACGCAAGCCUACCAAGAAUCUCAUGCUCUCGCUCGCAGGCCCGACGAUACCGCGACCGUCCUCACUCGACAGCUAUACCUCCAUGGAAUGACAUAUUUGCUGCGAGGCCUGCCAGCUGACCUCACACCGGAAGAGACGUUAAGCCUCCAAGCCGCCAUACCACAGGGCUUAGUCAACAUCCAGAACGAGCCGGACGCACACGCCGUAGUCCCGUUCACGCAAGAUAACCCAAUGGCAUGCGGGGCUCCUUCCGACGCAUCGAUAUUACACCGUGUCACGGCCGUGGUCGUCUUCCAGACCUUCAUCACGAUCCAGUUUCUGCUUCCAUACCUAAGGCUGUUCGCCGGGCAUGCAUAUCAGUUCGAGAGACAGCACAAAGUCACCCAACGGGUGGUCAGCAAUGGUAUCAUGACUGCCGAUGCGCUGAGGCGGAGAAGCCUGCAAUUGUCCCAUACCAUCUGCCAGAUGAAUGACGGGAAGGUGGGACAGGCCAUCAAUGACUUGACGUUGUGGUGGGUACGAGGGCUCACCGGAGGCCUUCAGCAGGGCAUCGCAGAUGGAGUUACGGUGUUUAGCAACGAGAGAUUUACGACUUCUAAGGGUCGAGUGGAGAAGGUUGACUGA